AUUUUAUCCCCUUUUCAUUGGGGUAUUUAAAGCUUUCCGUCCAUAGACGAGUUGUUGUUUCGAGUAUAAACAGGUUUUGGAAACAUCUUGAUCCGCGUCGUAGUUUGCGUGUGCGUCUGUUAACCGCCCUUUUUUGUUUUCAUCCGCCAAUUAAAAACAAGUUGUGGUUUGUUUGGACAAGUUUAGGCAAAUUGCAUGCCAAACAAGGACUAAAUUUCACAUGGCGUACCGUGCCACCACCUAUUAAUCGAGUUUUACGUUUUGAUCAAAGGGUCUGGUCAGGUAUAAGGUCCUUUGCAAUUCGUUUAAGAUUGUUUAAGGGGAACAGCACGCAACAUGGUGACACUGACAGCUAUCGUAGCUCCUCUCGGUCGGCAGAUCCACAGACAUCUGCUAAAACAUGUUAGGAGCCAGCGUUUGAUACCUGCUCGGGGUUGUAGCCUGUCUGCCUGCUCCAGCAAAUUUGCUUUGACUCAAGUGCACCCGAUGUGGCAGGAGCCACUCGAUAUUCCCGGUGGAGACAAACAGUCACCCAUUGACAUCGCGGUACGCAAAAGCGUCUUUGACCCGCGACUGAAACCCUUGAAAGUGCAAUAUGACCCCAGAAGCUGCCAGCAGAUCUGGAACAACGGCUACUCUUUCCUGGUCGAGUAUGACGAUACCACUGACAAAUCCACUUUGAAGGGAGGACCGCUGGAGGAUCAGUUCAGACUGUGCCAGUUUCAUUUCCACUGGGGUGAGACCAAUGCCUGGGGCUCAGAGCACUCUAUAGAUCGCCGCCUUUACCCUGCUGAGCUUCACCUUGUUCAUUGGAAUUCGGAUAAGUACAGUUUGUUUGAAGAGGCUGUUGUGGAAGAAAAUGGAUUAGCUGUUAUUGGAGUUUUUCUGAAGGUUGGAAAGAGGCAUGAGGGUUUGCAGAAACUGGUGGAUGCAUUGCCUGCCGUCAGACACAAGGACAGCCUGGUCGAGUUUACCAAGUUCGACCCUGCAUGUCUUCUCCCGAAGAACAUCGAUGAAUACUGGACGUACGCAGGCUCUCUGACCACUCCUCCUCUUACCGAGGCCGUGACAUGGAUUUUAAUGAAACAACAUAUUGAAGUCAGUCAUGAUCAGCUGGCGGUGUUUCGCAGUUUGCUGUUCACGUCUGCAGAGGAGCAGGAGCAGAGGAGUAUGGUCAACAACUUCCGCAUCCAGCAGGAUUUGAAGGAACGGACCAUCCGUUCCUCUUUCAGCCCCUUCCUACAAGACGCUCCAUCAAUGGAGUAACACACAACGAUUCACAACCUUACCUCCAAAAGAAGAAUAAACUAGGUCAUAACAUUCAUCAAGGGGUACUGAUAUCAAUAAGGUCUUAAACUAGACUAUGCAAUGCUCGGUAUCAUUUUACCCAACUCGUCAAACUGGUUAAAAGGGAUUAACAAAAUUAUAGUUAAGGACCUGUUAUACAACAUACUCACUGAAGUUACUGUAGUAUGUGAAGGUUACUCAUAGAUGCCAUUGUCACUUUGAAUUCAGUACUAUUCAGUACAAACACAGCAAAGUAUUGUAAUUUCAAAACAUAACAGCAUUGACUCUGUCAAUUUAUUGGCUAUAGCUAUGAUUGAGGACAAAACGCUCCCUCUUGUGGACAACUGACAGAUUACAAUACAUGCCUUGUUUUGAGGCACUGUUUUUAUUUAGUAGCUUUAUUUAGCUGCAAAUCUAACUUGUUUACUGAGUUUUUUUUAUUAAGCAUAAAACUGCACAAUGCAAUGAUUUUAAAAAAUGUUAAACAAUCGUUUUAACAUUAAUAAGUAUUUUAAGUAGAACUCCUCAACAUCUGUAGAGUUUGAACAUUGCAGUUUAAAUAAGACUAGAAAUGUAGUCUUUAUGGUGCAUUGUUGAUUGAAAGAGAUUAGGUGGAGUAGAUACGCACAAUUGUUUAAAUCAGUAGCAUUACUGUACUUUAUAUAUAUUUACUUCAAUUAUAAAAACAGAUUAUCCUCACCCGUAGUGCCUUUUUGUAUAUAAUGAAUGAUUUAUACUUUGUGUGACAAUGUGAUUGGCCACAUUUGCCUAUGGGUGAAAUGUAUGUGCCUACAUUUUCGUUUAAUAUUUUCGUUAUCUCAUCUCAUAGACCUCAUGUUAGGCUCGUGUUCAUCAUUGUGCUUUUGUGUUAUUAAUUCAUCUGGAUUAAAUGUGUAUAUGUGGAUAGUGUUUGUCUCUAAGGAUGUCUUUAGUAUUUUUACUUUCAUGAGAGGGACCUUAUUUCUCCAUGAGAGGCGCACACGAGACCACUCACACUAUAAAAUUGGGAACUACAUCAAGACCAAUUUAUCUUUCAGUUUUUGUGCUUUAUUGCAUUCCUUUUUUUUUAAACAUGCUGAGAAGGCCAAUAAUUAUUUUUGGUCAUAAGUUGUAGGAAAUGCAUUGUGGAGAGUUAUAAUAUUUAGAAAUAAGCUUCAAAGUUAAAUUGGCAAAUCGAGGAGCAAAAGUUGCAUGCAGCUUUUGAACAGACGCUGGUCUUUUGUGAUGGCUGAAUAGCAUUGUUCCUGUAUAAACUCUCCCUAAAAUGGCCUCUUCUCUGAAUAGGUUCUCUUCCCAUUGGUUUGAUUUGGUUGAAAUGCAGAGUGAUGCUAAGUGGAUUUGAAAGCUGGAUUUGUACUGUACAAACUUCGGGCUAUGGGACGGCUGGGAUCUCAUCCCUCCACCUGCAUAAGUCCGCAGUCACAUUCUUUCGCAUCAGGAGGCAGGAACAAUGUUUUCUUAUUGAAGCUCGGGUGAAUAGCUUGUGGAGACAUAUUUUUUGUUGGCUUUGAUAAAUGAACGAAUUGAUUAAUUUUCCCAUGAAAAUAUUUUUUUCUGUUUUGUUUUUUGUACCCUCUUCUGGAAAAUGUGUUAGCUUGAGGUUUCUCAUUUCAAUACAAAUGAUGAAUCGACACUAAAACUUCACUUUUGCUAACAAUUAUACAUGCAAACCUUUGAUGGCAUGAUUUGAAUCUUGUACUGCGUGCAAAAUAUUAUCUUGUAGUUUUGUAUUUGGAAACUGAGACUUUUUCAUCACUUUCUUUAGGCCAUGGGUCCCUACAUGGGUCACUGUAGUUUUGUUUUACUUUUGGGCGGACACAAAUUUGUGCUCCAGGGUUUUCGGCAGGAUGAGAGGGUGGUGCCGGAGGUUUAUGGAAGCCUCAUACCGGCAUUCACAGCAUGCACCAGAUGCUUGUUAGGUCCGGCACAGCUGCACUAUAAGGUGCAUGUUUUGGUGGACUAUGCUAGGAGGGACUUACAGCCCCAGGUUGCAAUUUCAACAAAUGUGUAUCGUUAACUCUCAUUCAUGCUGUCUGAAAUGUGUUCGUAUUUGUGUAAAUUUCAUGUGUAACAUAAAAUAAAACUUUUUGAGCUCA